AUGGCCGUUGUAUAUCACUGCACAGUUCGAACACUCGACGGCGUUGUUGUCGAGUCCACUCGAGCAGAUUUUGGGGGCAAAGGUAUCCCAAAAAGGCAGGUUUUGGGUAAAAGCAAGAUGUUAUUGGGACUGUUGGAAGGCAUUCCCACGAUGUUAAGUGGUGAAGUUGCAAUGUUCAGGGUGAAACCUGAGCUGCAUUAUGGUGAAGAGGAUUGCCCUGUGGCAGUUGCCGAUGGUUUUCCCAAGGACGACGAACUUCAUUUUGAGAUUGAGUUGAUUGAUUUCUCUAAAGUCAAGAUUCCAAAAGGUCUUGAAAUGGGAAUUGGAACAAUGUCACGGGGAGAAAAGGCGGUGAUUUACGUAACAAAGGAUUAUUUAACUCAAAGUCCCCUAAUUCCCUCAAUUGACGAUAUUGCCGAAAUCCACUUUGAAGUGGACUUAGUGCACUUUGUUCAGGUGCGAGAUGUGCUUGGAGAUGGACGACUAAUUAAACGCCGAUUACGUGAUGGAAGAGGUGACUUUCCCAUGGAUUGCCCUCUUCAAGACAGUCUGUUACAUGUCCACUACAAGGCGAUGCUUCUCAAUGAAGAAAAAACUGUUUUUUAUGACACAAAAAUUAAUAAUAAUGGUCAGCCAUUCGAGUUCAGAUCAGGGGAAGGCCUUGUGCCUGAAGGAUUUGAAAUGUGCACCCGAUUAAUGUUGCCUGGGGAGAUAGCUCUUGUCACAUGCCCCCCUGAUUAUGCUUACGACAAGUUCUCAAGGCCGGCCGAAGUUCCUCAAGGUGCUUACAUCCAAUGGGAGAUUGAGCUUCUUGAUUAUGAGAAGCAAAAGGACUGGAAUGGCUUUAACUUCAGAGAGAUAAUGGAGGAUGUUGAGAAGAUUAAAGGCACGGGUAAUAGGCUAUUCAAAGAAGGCAAAUAUGAACUUGCCAAGGCCAAAUACGAGCAUGUGCUUCGGGAAUUUAAUCACGUUAAUCCUCAAGAUGACGAUGAGGGAAAAGAGUUUUCAGACACAAGAAAUUUGUUGAAUCUGAACAUGGCUGCCUGUUGGCUGAAGCUGGGCGAAUUCAGAAAGUCAAUUGAAGCUUGUAACAAGCUCUUUACCGCCGAGGAAUGGCACACAUGGUUGCUGGAGAUUUUGAAGAAGCUAGAGCAGAUUUCAAUAAGGAGGUUCACAAACGAGCUCGUCAACAAUUUAAGGGAUUGUUCGACAAGAAACCUGGAGAGAUUUCUGAGGUCGGUGGCCCUGAUCUGGUGCAACAGGGUCCAGGUGAACCCCAUGAAACCGAUAACCGUGAUUCGUCGGAUGGUGAAAAUGAGCAUCUUCUUGAGGCCACUGCUCCUCCAACACGGGCGAACGUGUGGUCAAGAUUGUGGCCUGGUGGCAUUAGACUUUUUUCGGCCCUCGGAUUGGACAGGUGUACGAUAUUGUGAUUGUUGUUGGAUAAGAGAUCCUGUGAAGACAGGCUAACAUGAAAAAUCUAUUUUUUUUUCCUUCAAUUUUCCUUUUAUUUUCAAUUUUAUGGUAAAAAGAAUUUCAUUUGUCAUUUUAGUCAUUUUUAGGUUACUUAUGCUCUGCAAAAAAUAAUGGAAUUGAGAAUGAAUUAUGUAAAUCGAGAUAUAGAUAUCAUGGCUACAAAAAAUUGUCUGAUCUGACACGCUAGUUAUUUAAUUAAUCAACAAAAUUAAUAAAAUAAUUAUUUUAUAAAUAAAUAC